UUGGAUAAAGAUUUCUGCUAUGGCCGCAGAGGAGCUGGCCAAAAUGAGUCGUAUUACAAACCUGUCGAAUCAGGCCCUGCAUGAGUAUGAGGGUCUUCAAAGAAAGCAAGAGACAGCAGCCAUGGAGUGCAAGAGGCUGGAGGAGGAGCGUGAUGAGGCCGUGAAGAAGCUCAGUGAGUUCCAGCAAGUCUCUCAGAUGGUCAUUGAAGAGGUCAGUGCCAUUCAGGAGACCCUGGAGAUUGAGAGGAUGUGUAGAGAAAGUGCUGAAGCCCUGGCCUCCAAGUUGAACCAGCAGAACUUCUCUCUGAAGAGGAAGAGUAUGAUGCUGCUGUCCCACAUCAGCCCAGAGACCAUUGAAGAGAUCAACCUUAAUGAUGAAGCAGAAGAGAGUGAAGACCUAGAUGCAUCAAGCAACAUUUGCCUCUCUCCCCAGUGCCACACCACCAUCUCAGAGCUGCAAAGUAAGUUGGAAAUGACACUUAAGGAUAAAAAUCAAGCAAUCUCUGACCUUGAGGCAGUAAGAGAACAACUGAGGGAAACUAAGGAGGAACUGCUGAAGGAGAAACAUGAUAACACUGUUCUGAUUGCGGAGACACUGCGGCAAAAGAAGCUGCUGGGGAAAUAUCACAGAGUGUCUCAGUUAGCUGUAGGGGAAUAUGAAACGUUACAGGACUCCUUGAACCUGGAGCGAGACCUAAGGACAGAGGCAGAAAAUUUUGCCAGAGCCAUGGUGGUCAAGGAAAACAAUCUGAAGAGACAGAGUCAGAUCCUGAUGCAGAACUCAUCACCCAGUCAGACUCUCCAGGAUGCCCUCAGCGAGGUGACCAGACUGACAGAAGAAUUGGAGACACAAAGGCUGGAGCACCAAAACCAGAUAAAAAAGAUGGAGGACAUGGUAGCGAGCUGUGAAACUCAGAGGGAACUUAUGGCAUUGAGGCACACACUGGAGCUCUUGGAGGAGGAGAAGAAGGAGUACCGAAACAAAUGCUCCAAGGCUGAACUGGAGGCCAAGGACCUGCGGUUUACAGUUGAAGAGCUUCAGAAAAAGCUUCAGGCAGCUACCAACCCGCCCCCAGCUCCAGCACCCCCACCACCACCACCUCUGCCUCCUCCAGCCCUGGCUCCAGCCACAAACCCACUCAGCUCACUGUUGUCACUGAUUCGAAAGAGAAGAGAUAUCAGAACUGACAUCCCACUGGUGGAACAGGACUCUGCCAAGACACCAGAAGUGGAUGUCAGGCAGCAGGCAGUGGAGGAAAUGAUGCAAAGGAUUAAGAAAGGGGUUCAACUUCGACCUGUCAGCCAGUCAUCUAACAGGGCCAGGAGACAGAUGGAGAGGCUGCCCUCUAAUUCUGCCAUUCAGGAACUUAAAGGAAUCAUGGGGAAUUUUAAUAGAACCUUCCACCAACCAAAGGUAGUAUCUCCAACAACAACCCAUGACGACGAGCUGCAGAGGGUCCUGCUGAGACGACGGGAUGUGCUGGAGUCCUAACACAGUGGUCAGCAUCUUCUUCUGUGCAGUGUGAGAGGUAUCCCCAACUGAGCUCCGGCCUCGCUUGAGGAUUCACAUGUACAGAAUGGAUCUGGGUGACAGAAGAUUACUAUUCAGCAUCAUUAUCCAACCUUUUAUUCUAUUGUAUGAGUAUACAUUUAAAAUAACAUGGGACUGUGUUACUGACUCAGAAUACAGUCAAAUGGAUUCUUGGUGGAUUUCUCUGUCACAAUGGAAAUCAGAGGAGUUCCUGUGGAUAUGAAUCAAGCCAGAGGUUGCACAAGUGCUCAAGUGAGUUAGUUAUUUACACUAGGCAGUUUGAUUCCAGUAAAAUGAAAAACGUGUACCUCAUACCACCUUUCCAGAUUUCAUUCAGCCCCUUUAAUAAAAGCCCAAAUCAUUGUUUUGCAUUAUGACAAGUGGUGGAGCUGGUGUCAUAGCCUUGAACUUUUGCCAAAGCAAAGUAUGUCUCCAAAUUGUUCUGUCUAGACGUGUUUUAAACUUGUAGCCUCCCAGCAAGCAAUUACAGGCCUCUGUGAUAGAUUUUGUUUCCAAUUGUUCCCCUCACUCACUCAAAGCCAUUUUAUGUUGGGUGCUGCAUCCUGUUUUUCUGUAUCCACCCUGCAGUUCGCUCUACCUGCUGUCACUUAAGAAACUGACAUGCUUGUGGUCUCUUGACUUCUUUAAAAGAUGAUAAACAGAACUCCUAG